UUUCAAUUUUAGUCACUGGAGUGGACCAUCAGGGAGCAGCUUUUUAACUCAACACCAAAAUGAUGAAAGUGACAUUUAGAAGAAGUUCAACACCUAGACAGUGGAUCAGAAGACAAAAACUGCCAAGGAGGAAUUGGAGGUUUGGAGGUUUGGUGUCCACACGUAGGAUACCUGUGACAAAAAGGAACUGCGCUGAAUGCAUGAUCUGGGAGUUACCAGUCUCCAAAAACUCUUCCAACCAUAGAGCCUCACCUGAACCAUGAAGCUUAAUGGGACUAUCCUUAAAGUGGAGUACACUCAUGGCAACGCAGACUCUGAACAUUUAAACAACAUGAUGGUGAUACCACUGCAAACAAAUGCAACAGACUUGCCAGUGAUGGCACCCACCUCCUCACUUUCACAUCCUAAAGGAGGUAGAACUCAGUGUUCCAUAUGCGCAGACAGAGCCACAGGUAAACAUUAUGGUGCAUCCAGCUGUGAUGGAUGCAAGGGCUUCUUCAGGAGGAGCAUUCGCAGCAACCACACUUACAACUGUAGAUUCAACAGGCAAUGUAUUGUGGACAAAGACAAAAGGAACCAGUGUCGUUACUGCAGACUACAAAAAUGCUUCAAAGCUGGAAUGAGGAAGGAAGCUGUGCAGAAUGAGAGAGACUGCAUCCACAGUCACAGAGCCAAAGGACAGACAGUGGGCACUCUGUCCAUUAGUGUGCUGCUGCGGGCAGAGGCCAGCGUGCAACAGUUCCCAGCGCUGGUCUCACCUAGGAGUCAUGACAUCAACACCAAGAAGACAGCCUGUGUGGGAGUUGUGUUUGAGUCCAUGAAGCAGCAACUCCUCCUGCUGGUGGAAUGGGCAAAACACAUCCCUGAGUUUUGUAGCCUCCCGAUAGAUGACAGGGUAACCCUGUUACAAACCCACUCUGCAGAGCAUCUUAUCCUGGGGGCAGCAAGACGCUCUUUACCGUACUAUAAUCUCAUCCUUCUAGGUAAUGACUUUGUGAUCCCCCUGAGAGAUGCAGGAGAGGAAGUAGCAGUGUCCAGACUGGCAUUCAGAAUCCAAGAGGAGCUGGUCAAACCUCUCAGAGAGCUGGAAAUCACAGACAAAGAGUUUGCUUGCCUCAGAACCAUUGUCUUCUUUGCACCAGAGUGCCCAGGUUUGAAGAUUCCACAGGUGGUUCGACAUCUGCGUUUCCAGGCCCAGCUGCUGCUAAAAGAAGCAACCUGUGAGCAGCGAGGAAGGUUUGGGGAGCUCCUGUUGAUCCUGCCUCCCCUGCAAAGUGUAGCUUGGCAGAUGGUGGAGACUCUCCACUUAGCACAGCUGCUGGGCGAAGCCAGAAUGGACAGUCUGCUGCAGGAGAUGCUGCUGGGGGAGGGAGCAAAAGCAGGGCAGGCGACAUGCGAUGGCCUGAUUCAAGACCAGCAAACUGAGAAAAGACCUUCACCUACAAAUCUCACAUCUGUCAUCUCUCACGUUUCAUCAUCUCUUUCAAGCGGCUUGCCUGCUGCCCCCACAGAUUGGCACUGAGGUGUACAGACAUGGUGAUGCGACCAAUGUGCCCACUGCAUGCCAGAGGCACCUGUCCACACUAAGGAACACAUCAGGAAGCAACAACAAGGAGUGGAGGGGUGUUAUGAGCAUCAGACAGAAGACAAAUAUACACACAGCCACAUACAUAUAUAUAAGAAAAACACAAGAGUAAUGUUAAAAUAAUUUUUUAUUUAAUAAUGCAUCUUCAUGAUUUAGGUAUCUGUAUCCAAUACCAGUUAAUUGUCUGAGAUGGGACAUAAAUAAAUAAAAUUUGAAAUGUAUUUCAUACAGGACCACAUGAAACACUGAAUUAAUGACAUUCAGCAUGUCACAAAGGCACAAUGUCACACCUGCAAAGUGUGUAAAAUAAAACUACUGACAUAUGCAAAUAUGUUAACGUUGUACUGAACUCUACCUAACUCGAGGUGUUUGACUCAUGCAUGUAUCUGAAGUAAAGAUGCUGAAAUGGUCAGCAGAGGGCGCACAAAGCCUCUUCAGAAACACAUUUGUUGACCCCUGUAGUCAAACUUUUCUUUGUAAACCACCACUCAUGUUUUUGUGGUUAAAGAUUUGUCAAGUAAUUCUGACAA